AAGUAAAGACAAAGAUGUCAAUGUCAGAUAAACCGCCAUUCUUGUGAUGUCAAUUGUAUGAAUUUUAACCGGCAAAAGUAUUUACAAAAACACACCGGAUAUUAAGUAAUUGUACGUGUAAUAAAAGUAAUUGCCAUGAACUACAGUAAGAAUACAAUUCUUUAGGACAUUCAGAUUGUUUAAAGGAAAUAUAGUAAUUCGAAAAUUGAAUUUUCGAGACAUCAAAAUGGAGAAUUUAAAAUACCAUACACUCCUUGGUAUACUCUUAAUGAGUUACUACACAGCAUCUAAAUUAAUAUUUGAUAAAGUUUUCACCACACUACCUAUAGUUAUUGACGAAUUAUAUCAUUUACCGCAAGGAAUGCUGUAUUGUGAAGGAAACUUUUCAUACUGGGACCCCAAGAUUACUACGUUACCAGGCCUGUAUUUAAUUUCAUCUGUAAUAUCACCAUUCUUCUCUUGUAAUACAUAUAACUUAAGAUAUGUCAAUUUGCUUGCCUCUUGCAUCAAUUUAAUGUUAUUUUCAUCAUUAUUGCUUUAUAUUUAUGGUAAAAAUCUUGAAAAUCCAUUAAAAAUAGUGUUACAAGCUGUUAAUUUAACUAUAUUACCACCGUUAUACUUCUUUUCGCAUAUAUAUUACACUGAUACAUUGUCAAUGAUGUUUUUAUUAACUUAUACUAGAUUAUGCAUAGGUAAUAGUAAUAAAUUUUUAAUAUUUAUCUUCGGUUUAUCCUGUGUUAUGAUGCGACAGACUAAUAUAGCGUGGAUUUUUAUGAUAUUCUUACAUAGAAAUUUAGAUGUCUUUAUAAAAAGUUCACGUGUGUACGGUAAUCAAUUUUUGAAUAAGUUAAAAUUGAAAAAAAAUUCUUUAAUCUCCCAAGAAAUUGAUAGAACCAAAUUAAAGAGAUAUUAUAAUUUUAAUGAUUUAUAUAUAGCUGUUAAAUAUCAUUUUAACACUUAUCUAUCAACUUUCUUUAAACUAUUGACAUUUUCUGAUUUUAUAUUCAUCGGAACACAAUUGUUUAUACUUAUAUUAUUUAUCUUAUUUGUUAUAUAUAAUAAUGGUAUUGUAAUUGGUGAUAAAAUGGCACACAAAGCAUCCAUAAAUAUCCCACAAAUGUUAUAUUUUUUAUUAUUCUAUGGUUUAUUUGGAUUACCAUAUGUCAUGAUGAAGUUAAAAUCAACGGUAAAUAUGUUGUUUGGUAAUAAAAUUAUAGUAUUAUUGUUUGGUUUAAUAUUUGCUUUAGUUGUUAAUUAUAAUACAGUGGUUCAUUCAUAUUUAUUAGCCGAUAAUAGGCAUUAUAUAUUUUAUAUUUGGAAUCGUUGGUUCGGGAAAUAUGAAUUUGCUAAAUUUGCUACUAUACCUAUAUAUAUUUUUUUAUUAUUCAGUUUAUAUGAUAAUUUAAAAGAUCAAAAUUGUAUUUCUUUUCUAUUGCCGUAUUUUAUAAGUACUUUUGUAGUGUUGGUGUUGCAAAAGAUGAUUGAAGUGAGAUAUUUUUUGGUACCGUAUAUAAUUUUGAGGUUGCGUUUUGUUCGGUCGUCAUAUAAAAUUGUUUUGAUGGAGUUUCUCUGGUAUAUAAUAUUGAAUGUCGUAACUUUUUAUAUAUUUUUCACUAAAGAGGUAUAUUGGAAAGAUUUUGAUUAUGCCCAAAGAAUUAUUUGGUAAGUUAUUUAGUAAUUUGCAUGUUUGAUAUAAAUUUUGUAACUCUUUAAUACUUUUUUUUUUAAAACU